AUGGGUCUAUUACCAACUGAUAAAUUCGCUACCAAGGCCAUCCACGCCGGUGCUCACGUCGACGUUCACGGUUCCGUUAUUGAACCAAUCUCUCUAUCUACCACUUUCAAGCAAACCGCUCCAGCUCAACCAAUUGGUGAAUAUGAGUACUCUAGAUCUCAAAACCCAAACAGAAAGAACUUGGAAGAUGCUAUUGCUGCUUUGGAAAACGGUAAGUACGGUCUAGCUUUCUCUUCUGGUUCUGCAACCACUGCCGUCAUCUUGCAAUCUCUACCACAAGGCUCCCACGCUGUUUCUAUUGGUGAUGUUUACGGUGGUACACACAGAUACUUCACCAAGGUUGCAAAUGCCCACGGUGUCGACACCACUUUCACCAACAACUUGCACGAAGAAUUGCCAUCCUUGGUCAAGGAAAACACCAAAUUGGUCUGGAUCGAAUCUCCAACCAACCCAACCUUGAAGGUCACCGAUAUCGAAAAGGUCGCCAAGGCUGUUAAGGCCAUCAACAGCGACAUUCUACUUGUCGUUGACAACACUUUCCUAUCCCCAUACUUGUCCAACCCAUUGAACUUUGGCGCUGACAUUGUUGUCCACUCCGCUACAAAAUACAUUAACGGUCACUCUGAUGUCGUCUUAGGUGUCUUGGCUACCAACGACCAAGCAAUCUACGAAAGAUUGCAAUUCUUGCAAAACGCUAUUGGUGCCAUUCCAUCUCCAUUCGAUGCUUGGUUGGCUCACCGUGGUGUCAAGACUCUACACUUGAGAGUUAGACAAGCUUCCUUGACUGCUCAAAAGAUUGCUGAAUUCUUGGCUGCCAACGACAACGUUGUUGCUGUCAACUACCCAGGUUUGCCAACUCAUGAAAGUUACGAAGUCGUUAAGAAGCAACACCGUGACAGUCUAGGUGGUGGUAUGAUCUCAUUUAGAAUUAAGGGUGGUGCCGCAGCCGCUUCCAAAUUCUCUUCUUCAACCAGACUAUUCACUCUAGCAGAGUCUCUAGGUGGUAUCGAAUCUCUAUUGGAAGUCCCAGCCGUCAUGACUCACGGUGGUAUUCCAAAGGAACAAAGAGAAGCCUCAGGUGUCUACGAUGACUUGAUCAGAUUGUCCAUUGGUAUUGAAGACGCCGAUGAUCUUUUGGAAGACAUUAAGCAAGCUCUAGCUGCCGCUAACUAA